UGACGAAGAAUAGUGCUUCACAUUCAUCGGCUUGUUUCGAUUCUUACUCAAACAUCAAUGGCAUGCCAGCAACUUUCUUCACAUUCCGCCAUAGUAGGUAGUGAAGAACAUGACCAGGAGGCCAUUGACGAACUAAUUGCUUCACUUCCCCAAACGAAAGGCGUGGUUGGUCCUUUCCUGUCCCUCUACCAAAACUUUUGGUGCCCGACCUCCAGGAUUGCCAACGUGAUCGCGUUCCAGCGGCACUUCCAAGCCAAACACAAGGACAUUGUCCUGGCCUCUCAGCCCAAAGCAGGGACCACCUGGCUAAAGGCCCUGGUGUUCUCUGUUGUUAACCGCUCCCGCUUUGACAUCUCCAACACACCCUUGCUCACUUUGAACCCCCAUGAACUCGUCCCUCACGUUGAGUCCCAGCAGUACAGAAACAACCCAAGGCCUGACCUUGAUAGCUUGGCAGAGCCGAGGCUCUUUGCGACGCACAUCCCUUACCCAUCCUUGCCGGAGUGCAUCAAGCGGUCGGACUGCCGGAUUAUUUACAUCUGUCGGAACCCAUUGGACACCAUGGUUUCAUCUUGGCAUUUCUUCCUUGCGAUAGCGCGAUUGGAGGGCCAACCGGAGUGGUCCUUGGAAGAGCAUUUCGAGACCUAUUGCCAAGGGAAAAUAUGGUACGGACCCUUUUGGGAACAAAUCAUGGGCUAUUGGAAGGAGAGCUUGGAGAGGCCACACAAGGUAUUGUUCCUCAAGUAUGAGGACUUGAAGGAAGAUAUUGUAGGGCAGCUGAAAAAGGUGGCUGAGUUUGUGGGGCUUCCCUUCACUGAGGAGGAAGAGGAGGGAGGUGUGAUUGAAGAGAUAACCAAAAUGUGCAGCUUCAAGACCCUCAAGGACCUAGAGGCCAACCAAUCCAACAAAGUACUGGUUAUAAAUACAAAGGUUGAGAAGAGAAGCUUUUUUAGGAAAGGCGAGGUAGGUGAUUGGGUUAACCAUCUCACUCCUUCCAUGGUGGAUCGCCUCAAUAGCAUCAUGCUAGAGAAGAUGAGCCCCUUUGGGUUCGAGUUCAAAACAUGUUGAGUGUUAAUUACUUUCCUUUCCGUAUGUGUGUCAUUAGAAAUAAACGAAAUUAAUAAUGGAUGGAUCUUCAAUCCUCCUGAUUGGUGUAGUAUAGAGAACUGCUGAGAAGAGAAGUUUAUUAAGAAAGGCGAGGUCCAUGAUUGGGUUAACCAUCUUACUCCUUCUAUAGUGGAUCACCUCAAUAGCAUCAUGCAAGAGAAGAUGAGCCCUUUUGGGUUGGAGUUCAACACAUGUUGAACAUGUUGGUUGCUUUCAGCCCCUUCUUUCUCUAUGGAUAAGUAGAAAUAAUUGAAAGCUAAAUCGAAUGGUUUUCGCAA